GGAUGGACACGUAGGAUAACACGCCGGGGAUGGACACGUAGGAUAACACGCCGGGGAUGGACACGUAGGAUAACACGCCGGGGAUGGACACAUAGGAUAACACGCCGGGGAUGGACACAUAGGAUAACAUGCCGGGGAUGGACACAUAGGAUAACACGCCGGGGAUGGACACAUAGGAUAACAUGCCGGGGAUGGACACACAUAGGAUAACAUGCCGGGGAUGGACACAUAGGAUAACAUGCCGGGGAUGGACACAUAGGAUAACAUGCUGGGGAUGGAUACAUAGGAUAACAUGCUGGGGAUGGACACAUAGGAUAACAUGCUGGGG